AAUGGACUCACUGUAUUGGUGCAUGGGUGUGGGGCGUGUCUCAUGGGUGUGGUAGAUGAGAAAUGUGGUUGCACUCACCUGUUCACCGCACCUGAUGUUGAUGAGCAGAAAGUUUGCAAAGAUCACAGAGGGAAUCAUGACGUCACACGGCUGUUUUCUCUGCCUGUUGCUUUUAACUGUAAUCCUGAUCGAGCCAUCAGAAGCAAACUGUCAGAACUACUUCACAAAAAAAGAAUGGAAUACAACUACACUACACAAGCUGCCAGAGAAUAUUACUGUCAAAAUAAUGAACAAGUCUGAGGACAUCAUUGUAUGUAGUUUAAUGGAAGCCAAAGACUGUAAUAUAACAGAAGAAACCUGCUUUCUACGGGACUGUUUUAAGGACAAGAAUAACAUGGACUAUAAACCGCCAUGUAACGAGACGGAUGAGAACAUCAGUGUCCCUUUCUACCACUUCAUGUGCUUGACAAAUAUAGCCAAGGGUCUGCGAGACAAAACAAAUGGAGGAUCACAAAAACCCACUGCAGAAGACAUCUGUAAAGUGUACGAAAAAGUGUGUAAGCGAGAUUCUCCCAACCCAGCAGCAAAAACGACAACACCAACAGCCUGUACUACUACAACACCAACCACAGAAGCAACAACAAAUAAGACGACAGCGACACCUUCUGCAACAACAACCGCAGAAGCAACAACAAAUAAGACGACGGCGACACCUUCUGCAACAACAACCGCAGAAGCAACAACAAAUAAGACGACGGCGACACCUUCUGCAACAACAAAUAAGACGAUGGCGACACCUUCUGCAACAACAACUACCACAGAAGCAACAACAAAAAACCCACAAGUAUCAACAACAGCAGUUUCAACAAUAACAACUCCAUCAUCCCCGUUGAAUUUACAACAGAAGGAUGAAACAUUGCAGGGCGAAAGUGCUGGGAAAAAAGCGCGCAGUAAGCUUGUUUUAUUCGUAACUUUUUCUUACUUCAGUAAAAU